UUUGACUGCCUUUGAUUGAGUGCUUUUGCAAAGCAUGCGGAGCUUCCAGCAUACACAACACAAGAAGCGUGCUUCUGGAUGUCGGCCCCAAUCGGGUCGGUAAAUUGUACCGAACACGCACAACAUGUUUAGAAGUACGUUUCAAGGUGGAUUUCUGUCUAUAUUAUAUAGCAUCGGCAGCAAACCUCUUCAGAUAUGGGAUAUAAAGGUGAAAAAUGGUCAUAUCAAACGAGUUACAGACAAUGACAUCAACUCGCUCGUGUUGGAGGUGGAGGGUUCAAACGUCAGUACCAACUACAUCACAUGUCCCGCUGACCCCAGGCAGACUCUUGGCAUCAAAAUGCCUUUUCUUGUGAUGAUCGUCAAGAAAACCCGGAAAUAUUUCAGCUUUGAAGUCCAGGUGUUAGAUGAUCAGAAUUUACGCCGGCGGUUUCGGGCAAGUAAUCACCACAGCAAGACGCAAGUGAAUUCAUUUAUGUGCACUAUGCCAAUUAGUGUUGAUGACCGCUGGAACCAGUUUCAGUUCAACUUGGCAGACAUCACCAGGAGGGCUUAUGGAACCAGUUAUGUAGAGACGCAGCGUGUGCAGAUUCAUGCUAAUUGUCGUAUUAGGAGGGUAUAUUUCACCGAUAAACAAUACACAGAGGAUGAGCUCCCACCUGAGUUCAAACUAGUUAUUCCUGUCAAGAAACAGGAUGCAAGCAAAAAAGGAGGUCCUAGACCUGCUGCAACCCGACAGACCUGAAGCAAGUUUGAGCAGAGCAAUUAUUUGUGUAACCAUUGGGUUAACUUUGAAGAUCUGUUAUAUUCACAGUUGAACACAUUAGAUGCGUCUUUUUAAUUGUGUCAUUUAUUUACAUGUUUUUGAAACAAAUCCCACUACUCCAUUUUAUGAUUGAUUUACAUUAUAAAUCAAUGUAAUCCACAUUCUUUGUUCAUUAUAAAACUGGAAAUCUGGUGUUGUGAA